UGAGUGCCCGGCCUCAGCCCCGGCUCCCGCGCGCGGGUAGGAGUGGCGCUCAGUCGAGCGUCUUCCGCGGUUUGCGAUUACCCCCAGGACUCCCAAGAGUACGGCCACUUCCUUCUUUCUGCCCACGCUAGGGACUGCUCCUCUACUGGCCUGGCUUCCGGUUAGGGUCUCUGGCCGCGUUGCCCCAGCGUGACUUCUCUUCAGGGCGCCGUUGCGGGAGCCUUGCGCGGGAGCUCUGUGCCCAUGAAGAUCCCGCUGGGGACUCUCCAGCCCCGCCACCAUGAAUGGGGCCCUGAUCCCCCAUACGCCCAUCGCUGUGGACUUUUGGAGCCUGCGCCGGGCUGGUUCCGCGCGGCUCUUCUUUUUGUCCCACAUGCACUCGGACCACACCGUGGGUUUGUCUAGCACCUGGGCCCGGCCCCUCUACUGCUCCCCAAUCACUGCUUACCUCGUGCAUCGUCACCUACAGGUACCUAAGGAGUGGAUCCGGGCCUUGGAGGUUGGUGAGAGCCAUGUCCUGCCUCUAGAUGAAAUUGGGCGAGAGACCAUGACUGUAACCCUCAUGGAUGCCAAUCACUGCCCUGGCUCUGUCAUGUUUCUCUUUGAAGGAUACUUUGGAACCAUUCUCUACACAGGUGACUUUCGGUAUACACCAUCCAUGUUAAAGGAGCCAGCCCUGAAACUGGGGAAACAGAUCCAUACCUUAUACCUAGACAACACCAAUUGCAACCCAGCCUGGGUUCUUCCUUCCCGACAAGAAGCUGCCCGCCAGAUUGUUGAGCUCAUUCGAAAGCACCCACAACAUAACAUAAAGAUUGGACUCUAUAGCCUGGGAAAAGAGUCACUUCUGGAGCAGCUGGCCCUGGAGUUUCAGACCUGGGUGGUAUUGAGCCCUCGGCGCCUGGAGUUGGUGCAGCUGCUGGGCCUGGCGGAUGUGUUCACCGUGGAAGAGAAGGCCGGCCGCAUCCAUGCAGUGGACCAUAUGGAGAUCUGCCAUUCUUCCAUGCUACACUGGAACCAGACCCACCCUACCAUCGCUAUCCUUCCCACGAGCCGGAAGAUCCACCGCUCCCACCCCGACAUCCACGUCAUCCCUUACUCUGAUCAUUCCUCCUACUCGGAGCUCCGGACCUUUGUCGCAGCGCUGAAGCCUUGCCAGGUGGUGCCCAUUGUCAGUCGGCAGCCCUGUAGGGACUACUUUCAGGACAGCCUGAGCCCCAGGCUCUCUGUGCCCCUGAUUCCGGACUCUGUGCAGCAAUAUAUGAAUUCCUCCUCAAGGAAACCAAGCUUUCUCUGGCUGUUAGAAAGGAGGCUAAAGAGGCCGAGAACCCAGGGUGUCAUGUUUGACUCCUCUCAGGACACUGCUGAUCAAUCUCCAGCUGCCAGGGACUCAAAGAAGGCCAAGAAUGAGAACCUUUCUGGGGACCUUGAGAAGAAGGCUUCCCACCAUCCUUUGCAGAUCAAGAAACAGUUGUGCCCGGACCUCUGCUACAAAGAAUGGGAUGGGGCAGUCCCUAUCUCUGAGUCCCAGAAGAUGGUGACUGUACGGCCCACCCCCUUGAGUUUUUCAGUGCACUUACAGUCUACAGAUGAGGAAUUUCUUUCUCUAGAAACUGGGGAGGAAGUUGGUGUAGGGCCCCACUUGGGACCCAAGGGAGACCACAGUGGCUCAGCAGCCACAGGGAACCAGAGCGCCUGGCUGGCCCAGGAGUCUCUCCUGUCUUGCAGUAGCAUGGCUACCCGUCUCCUGGCUCCUGAGUUCAGGGGCCUGGCACUAAAGUACCUUUUGACUCCAGUGAACUUUUUCCAGGCACAGUUCUCUUCUAGGGGCUUUGACCAGCAAGUGGAAAAAUACCAUAAACCAUUGCUGAAGUCCAGAGAGGAGAAUGCAGAAUGAUACCUUUGGUUGGUCCAGCACUGCAGUGUUAAAGACUGACUGAUGGCUGGGGAGGAGGUUUGUUUUGGGCCUUACUUUUGUAUCUUCACAGGAUCCCUCUGGGCUCACCCUGGAGCAGUACUUCUCAAAGUAUGUUCAUUGGAGUCUCAGUGCCUAUGGACUCAUUAGUUUCAUGGUUGACUAUGUUUAAGAAACACUUUCCAUUACGCCCCCUGCACGGUAUACAUGAGCACAUUAAAGGUUCCCAGAAGUCUUGCAGUAAUUUAAUCUGCUUAACUAUAACUCAGUAUUUCUCCACCUCUUUUGAACAUGCAGUCCUCUUAUGUGAGUGCAGAAAGAGAUAUGGUCUGAAUCCAAAAGGGCCAGGUUAUUGGGGCCAUGUGCCUGCCAUUCCCCAUGUCCCUUUCUCCCUCUUCCCAGAUAAAAGAACCUAAGUAGUUAGGUGGUGGUGGUUGUUGUUUUAGUCAGGAACUGUGUUGCUGGAGGAUAAAGUGGUGAUCCAGACAGCACGUUCCAAUCGCGAAUGUCACUGACUUGCCAUGACCCCAUCAAAGAGACUUCCUGUCUUUGCCUCUGGGAGGGAACAGGAAGCAGUGAAGAACCUUGGAACAGUGGAGAGAAACUCCCCCCUGCCUCCAUGGGAGUUUGCAGUUAGUGUCACUGGAGACUUCUCUGGAACAGAGCCAGCUAGGGGAUUGGGCACCCCUCACCAAGGCCAUACCUGGAACCAGCUGGGCAUUAGACUUAGGGGUACAAUGGCCUCCCGGCUGCCUGGAGGCCCUAUUUAGCUGAAAUAAAGUUAUAAAAGAUCAAA